UUUGUGCGUCCCUCUCCUUGUGCUGCAGAGAAAUGCAGCCGACACACGCCUGCAGGUGAGCGGACAGGUUGCUGAGGGAUCCACGACUAGGAUUUACCUUUAUUUUUUCGUUGUUGUUGCUGCUUUUACUCUGGAGCUGUGUUGCAUCAUGACAAAAACUGCUCUCUAAAAAGUGACUUUGCAGGAUGAGAGCAGAGGCGGCUCGCUGGCUUGCACAGUGGAGUGUGUGACUCGCGUGGACAUAUAUCACAGCGGGGGGGAAAAAAACAAAAACGUGAGUGACAAGAGACGAUGUGGACCGCUCGUACUUUCUGCUGGCGCUUUUUUUUUUUUUUUUUGCACGUUGAGUGAUAUGUAUAUUUUUUAAUUCAUAAGAAAAGAGAGAAAGAGAGAGAGAGAGAGAGAGGCGGGGGAAACUUGGUGCCAUCCACUGCAGCAGGCAGGGAUGUAGAAGUCUCACACAUGUCACUCCUCUCCUCGUGAAAGCCGCAAUUUGUUCCAGAAUCCACACCACCAAUUGAUUUCAAUUAAUUUAUUUUUUUGGGGGGACUUUUUUCCCAGACGAGAACAAUGAGGACUAUCGGUGCCGUGGACUAUUUGUACUAUUGCAUGCUCGUCCUGCAGUUUGUGCACCAGCCUGCCAAGCAGGUGCUCCGGUACCGCUUAGCGGAGGAGGGACCCCCGGAUGUGAGGGUGGGCAACGUGGCUGCAGACCUGGGCAUCGUUGCCGGGUCCGGCGAGGUGACUUUCACGCUGGAGUCGGGCUCUGAUUUUUUCAAAAUAGACAACAUAACGGGUGAGCUCACCACCAACGAGAGACGGAUAGACCGUGAAAAACUACAACAGUGCCAAAUGAUAUUUGAUGAGAACGAGUGUUUUAUAGAUUUUGAGGUGUCAGUGAUUGGUCCAGCUCAGAGCUGGGUCGACCUCUUUGAGGGAAAAGUCAUCAUUCUCGACAUCAAUGAUAACACUCCAUCUUUCCCUUCGCCUGUACUGACUCUUUCUGUGGAGGAAAACAGACCCAUUGGAACCCUUUAUCUGCUGCCCACAGCCACUGACAGAGAUUUUGGCAGGAACGGAAUAGAGAGGUAUGAGCUCAUUCAGGAUAACGUGGAGAACUCAAGGCGCUCCUCCGGGGAUUCAUACCCUGGGAAGAGGAGAUUUGAGGAGGGCGCGAGCAGAAGCAGUGUCUUUGAGCUGCAAGUGGCUGACACCACGGAUGGCGAGAAGCAGCCCCAGCUCAUCAUUAAAGGGGCGCUUGACCGAGAACAGAGGGACUCCUAUGAGCUGACAUUGCGCGUGAGGGACGGGGGUGAUCCGCCACGGUCCUCCCAGGCCAUCCUGAGGGUGAUGAUCACAGACGUGAAUGACAACAGCCCCCGGUUUGAGAAGAGCGUGUAUGAGUCCGACCUGCUGGAAAACAGCUCCCCUGGCACCCCCAUCCUGCAGCUCAAAGCGGCCGAUGCAGACGUAGGGGUGAACGGUCAAAUAGAGUACGUGUUCGGGGCGGCCACAGAGUCCGUGAGGAGGCUGCUGAGGUUGGAUGAGAGCACGGGUUGGCUAAGUGUGUUGCACCGCAUCGACCGAGAAGAAGUAAGCCAGUUGAGGUUUACAGUAAUGGCCCGUGACCGAGGCCAGCCUCCAAAAAUGGACAAGGCCACAGUGGUGCUCAACAUUAAGGACGAGAAUGAUAAUGUGCCUGCCAUCGAGAUACGCAAAAUUGGACGCAUUUUCCUGAAAGACGGAGUAGCCAACGUGGCUGAGGACGUGGUGGUGGACACACCCAUUGCCUUAGUUCAGGUGUCAGAUCGCGACCAAGGCGAGAACGGCAUUGUGACAUGCACAGUGGUGGGCGAUGUGCCCUUCCAGCUCAAGCCAGCCAGCGAGAUGGAGGGUGAGCAGAAUAAAAAGAAAUAUUUCCUCCAUACAUCAGCACCGUUAGACUACGAGGCCAUGCAGGAAUACAAUGUGGUCAUUGUGGCUGUAGACUCAGGAAGCCCCAGUCUGGCCAGUAAUAACUCUCUGAUGGUAAAAGUGGGUGACACAAAUGAUAACUCUCCCAUCUUUAACCUCAAUGUAGUGGAGGUGUCAUUCCCAGAAAACAACGCCCCAGGUGAGAGGGUGACAACGGUGGCAGCAAUUGAUGCAGACAGCGGGAAGAAUGCUGAACUAUCCUAUUCCCUCGACUCAUCUGUAAAUGGGAUUUUCUCUAUUGAUGCGGACAGCGGCGAUAUCCGAGUAAACAUCAUUUUGGAUCGAGAGCAAACGGAGCGAUAUGAAUUUAAAGUGAUAGCCAAAGAUAAGGGCAUAAACACCUUACAGGGCUCUGCAACUGUAGUCAUCCUAGUGGCAGACAAAAAUGACAACGAGCCAAAGUUCAUGCAAGAUGUGUUUACCUUCUAUGUCAAAGAGAAUCUGGAGCCAAACAGCCCAGUAGGCAUGGUUACAGUCAUCGAUGUAGAUAAAGGCCCAAAUGCACAAAUGAGUCUUUUUAUUGAGGAGGAGGAAGACAUCUUUUCCAUUGAAAAUGACACUGGGACUAUUUUCUCAACACUGUCCUUUGACAGAGAGCAGAAAACCACAUACACUUUCCGUGUGAAAGCAGUGGACGGGGGUGACCCGCCCAGGUCAGCUACUGCCACCGUGUCACUGUUUGUCAUGGAUGAUAAUGACAAUGCACCAACUGUCACCUUCCCAAUAAACAGUUCCUACACCCUUCUCCCGCCCUCCAGCAACAUCAGAACCGUAGUCAGGACUGUUAUAGCCACCGACACAGACACUGGCAUCAAUGCUGACCUCAAGUACAGCAUAAUUGGCGGGAACCCCUUUAAACUGUUUGAGAUCGAUGUGGGUACUGGCGUCAUUUCACUGAUGGGGAAGCUGGAGCAGAAGCACUAUGGACUACACCGGCUAGUGGUUCAGGUGAAUGAUAGCGGACAGCCUUCCCAGGCCACUACGACACUUGUUCAUGUCUAUGUUAACGAGACUCUUUCCAAUUCCACGGUGGUGGAGGCGCAGGUGGCAAAGAGCCUGAGCACGUCUCUCAAUACAAACAUCGCUGGCGACCCCAAUUACGACCUCAGCAAGCAGCGUCUGAGCAUUGUCAUUGGAGUCGUUUCAGGAAUCAUGACAGUCAUCCUCAUUAUCCUGGUGGUGGUCAUGGCCCGAUACUGUCGACCCAAGAAUAAGAAUGGUUAUGAGGCCGGAAAGAAAGACCACGAAGAUUUCUUCACGCCACAGCAGCACGACAAGUCCAAGAAGCCCAAGAAGGACAAGAAGAAGCAUAAGUCCAAGCAGCCGCUCUACAGCGGCAUCGUCACGGUGGAGGCCUCCAAGCCUAACGGUCAGCGCUAUGACGGCGUCAACGAGAAGCUGUCGGACAGUCCUGGCAUGGGCCGCUACCGCUCGGUCAACGGAGGGCCUGGGCAGCCCCGGGAUCUGGCCCGACACUACAAGUCCAGCUCACCGCUCCCCACUGUGCAGCUUCACCCGCAGUCCCCGACGGCUGGCAAAAAGCACCAGGCGGUUCAGGACCUUCCUCCGGCCAAUACAUUUGUUGGCACCGGAGAUAACAUUUCUCUGGGUUCUGACCACUGCUCCGACUACAGCAGUCAAACCAUCAACAAGUACAACAAACAGCCGUUUCGCCGAGUGACCUUCUCAGUGGUGAGCCAGCCCCAGGACCCUCACCAGCAGGGAUCGCUGCAGAGCUGCUACGACAGCGGCCUGGACGAGUCCGAGACGCCCAGCAGCAAGAGUUCGUCGGGGCCCCGGCUAGGCGCCCUGCCCCUGCCGGAGGACAGCUACGAGAGGACAACGCCGGAUGGCAGUGUCGGUGAGGCAGAGCACAUGGAAAAUGACUCACGGCCAUUGCCUGACGUAGCCAUGACUGGGAAGUGCACCCGGGAAUGCGACGAGUACGGCCACUCAGACUCCUGCUGGAUGCCUGUACGGACGUCGCCAGAACGGCGGCCAUCCAAGUCCACCACCACCCCUCAACAACCAAAGCUUUCCACAUUCAUGAGCGGCAACGGCAGCGGCAGCAGCAGCAGCAGCAGCGGCGCCGAGCAGCCCGGCAGCCAAGAGACCCUCGCCAUGGCCGCCAUGGCCAACGGAGACCCCACCGCCGCCCACAUGAUGGGCGAUCGCAACCGCAACCUGCUCAGUAAGAAGAUGGCUUCUUCCUCCUCCUCCUACGAGCCUUUCGGCUCACCUUCGUACGGCUCGCCUGGAGGCGGGGAAGAGACGCUGGGCCAUCCCACUGAAGAAAUCCCAAUGGCGGCCACUGGAGAGUACAAGCCCACGUCCUGUGGUACUCUGACACGACGGGAGGUGUACCUGUGAGGAAGGGAGGGUCCGACCUGCCUUCAGUGCCACAUGUGGCGUUAUAAACAACACUUACGACCCAACUUAUAACAGCUCCAGCAGUUUUAGCCAGCUUUGCACUGCAGGUAGGACUAAAAUUACUCCAAAGACUUUUAGAAAAUAAAAGUAAAAAGUAGAGACAGUGCUCUUUUUGAAGCUCCAAUCCUCCAAAAGUGAGGCAUGAUACUGGGAUGUCAAACAUGGCGGGGUCGGGCUGUUGUGACACGGUCUGCUGCCUGAUAGUCAACUUGUACAAUAACCAUUUUACAAAAACCACCACAUGCAUGCAUCGACAACCCCCCGCCCAAUUAAUGAUGACAAUGUAACAAAAAUACAUUUUAUAAAAAACAAUGUGUGUGUGUAGAUGUGACUGUUCUAUUAUUUUUUGGAACACUGCAACAAUAUAUCGGAUAAUGGUCCCCAUCAUUAGGAAUAUCCAUGGACUCUGCCACUAGCGGUGAUCAAGACCAAAAGAAAGGAAAUGUUGGCAAAGACUAAGCUUUAAAACAUUCAGCCCCAUUUCUUCUUCUACCGAGCUCUUGAUGUGAAGAAAUAAGUGACAGAUGCAACAACACACCGUAUGGACCAUGACAUGCUAGGGAUGAAAAAUUGUACAUAAACAUUGGACUGCGCUAUUAUUUGUUUUCUCUCCUCGCUAUGUUUCUUGGUUAUGAUUGGUGAGGCUGAGCCCCCCUUAUGAGAUGGAACAUCUGGGCUGCAGAAUGCCCAACUUAUGAUCACUUGUGAUGGAACUGUUACCACUGCAAUACAGAGAUUCAUUCAUCAGGCUAUUGGCGCACAUAUGAUCAGAGUACGGCAUGCUGGAGAAUAAAAAUUAUGAAGGUGCAAUUUAAAUUGUGUGCUAUGUACGAGCCAGAUAAGCAGACAGCACGUGUAUAGGCUAUACUGUAGGUAGUGCAUAGAGGUGUGUGACAACAAUAGGUUCAUAAUAGUCCAACGAGUGUCUCUUAAUAGUCGGGUUUUACACGUACAGUCGUCCCUCGCCACAUCACGCAUCAAUUAUUGCCGCUUCACGACAAUGCAGAUUUUUUUAAGCUUAUUCCAUAUAUUUUUUACCUAAAUUAAGUGUUAAAUAAAAUCCUAUUUAUGUCUUUUAUGUAUUUCAGUGCAUUAUUGAGUGUGUUAUUUCCUAUAAUUAAGUUGUGGCGGUCAAAAAAGACUUACGUUUACAGGUUACAAGGCGGCCGAUAUUGGCGCUACCGUAUCUUAAAGGCCUACUGAAAUGAUUGUUUUUUAUUUAAACGGGGAUAGCAGAUCCAUUUUAUGUGUCAUACUUGAUCAUUUUGCCAUAUUGCCAUAUUUUUGCUGAAAGGAUUUAGUAGAGAACAUCGACAAUAAAGUUUGCAACUUUUGGUAGCUGAUAAAAAAAAGCCUUGCCUGUACCGGAAGUAGCGUGACGUCACAGGUUGAAAGGCUCCUCACAUUUCCCCAUUGUUUACACCAGCAGCGAGAACGAUUCGGACCAAGAAAGCGACGAUUACCCCAUUAAUUUGAGCCAGGAUGAAAGAUUCAUGGAUGAGGAACGUGAGAGUGAAGGACUAGACUGCAGUGCAGGACGCAUCUUUUAGGUACAAGCUGGCUCAUUGGAUUCCACACUCUCUCCUUUUUCUAUUGUGGAUCACGGAUUUGUAUUUUAAACCACCUCGGAUACUAUAUCCUCUUGAAAACGAGAGUUGAGAACGUGAAAUGGACAUUCACAGUGACUUUUAUCUCCACGACAAUACAUCGGCGAAGCACUUUAGCUACGGAGCUAACGUGAUAGCAUCGGGCUUAACUGCAGAUAGAAACAAAAUAAAUAAACCCCUGACUGGAAGGAUAGACAGAAAAUCAACUAUACUAUUAAACCAUGGACCUGUAACUACACGGUUAAUGCUUUCCAGCCUGGCGAAGCUUAACAAUGCUGUUGCUAACGACGCCAUUGAAGCUAACUUAGCAACGGGACCUCACAGAGCUAUGCUAAAAACAUUAGCUAUCCACCUACGCCAGCCAGCCCUCAUCUGCUCAUCAACACCUGUGCUCACCUGCGUUCCAGCGAUCGACGGAGCGACGAAGGACUUCACCCGAUCAUCAAUGCGGUCGGCGGCUAGCGUCAGAUAGCGCGUCUGCUAUCCAAUCAAAGUCCUCCUGGUUGUGUUGCUGCAGCCAGCCGCUAAUACAUCGAUCCCACCUAAAGUUUUCUUCUUUGCAGUCUUCAUUGUUCAUUAAACAAAUUGCAAAAGAUUCACCAACACAGAUGUCCAGAAUACUGUGGAAUUUUGCGAUGAAAACAGAGCUUUUUGUAUUGGAUACAAUGGUGUCCGAAUACUUCCGUUUCAACGAUUGACGUCACGCGCAUACGUCAUCAUACAUAGACGUUUUCAACCGGAAGUUUAGCGGGACAUUUAAAAUUGCACUUUAUAAGUUAACCCGGCCGUAUUGGCAUGUGUUGCAAUGUUAAGAUUUCAUCAUUGAUAUAUAAACUAUCAGACUGCGUGGUCGGUAGUAGUGGGUUUCAGUAGGCCUUUAACCGUGACAAUCAAGUUGACCAACUUUUGGCGGCACAACUUUUUGAUGCACUUCGUUUUUCUAAUUCAACCCCAGUGGUGUGAGUGAUAAUAAACGAUGCAGGACUUUCAGCACAUGGAAGCCCAGUUUUAACUUAGAGUGAUUACCCAUAGCAAUGAGGCUUGGAGGAUCCUCCUGGCUGGUGAGUACUGUAAUAUACAGUUGAACACACUCAAGACUACUAUAUCGGGCAAAACGGUUUAAAAAUUGCCUAUAUUUGUGUUUUCAUGUUUAGAGGGUUCUGAUUCUGUUAAAAACGUAUUUGGAAGUUUUUAUAUUGAUUGAAAAUAUUUGAUGUGUUAUUAAUAAUCCAACUUUUCAGAAAUGUGUUUACCAUUGUCAGGCCUGGAACCAAUUGGCCACGAUAAAAUGAGGGACGACUGUAUUACACUUUUUGUGACAUAGACGGAGCAUUAAAUAUAUUGUACACAUGUUCAUCAACCAUCAGCUUCUUUCUAAAGUGCUAAUAUAAUGGAAAAACAAGUUGCCUCUAUUUUUAAGCUAUUAUCUGAUUUAUGACACCCAAAGACUUACAAAGUUUGCCAGUAAAUAGAUACGAACAAAAUAGUAUCAAUUGCACAGGAAUUUCCGAGCCAAUUUGAGAAGAUAAUGAGCCAGCCAGUCAGUCAGAUCCAUUCCCCAUCAACAACAAUGUAAAUCAGGCAGACUUUGUGAGAGCCAACAACGAUUACUUUUGAAAAACAUUUUGAUCCAGAACCUUAUAUUUUUUAGCCCAAACGGAAAGAGGAUGAGCAAUACGUUUCAGAAGUGGAGUGCUGAACUAAUUAGCAAUUUGUAGGUGCUAAACAUUCAAAGUAACCAUAAUAAGAGUUAUUGUACAAUUGUCACUCUUGUUGGGAUGCCGACUGACAGGAUGCUUACAUAAUCCUGUUUAGAUGAAGAAUAAAUCACAAUACUCGCAAAGGGUAAAAAAAGUCGCCGCAACCUUUUCGCCAUCUCUUGGGACGUCAAAGUCGACCCGCCUGUCGGUCCAUGGCCACAUUUGUCUACUACCAGGUGAGAGAUGCAUGAAUUAUAAUCAAUAAUUUACUUUUACCAAGUUUGAGACCAAGCAGAAGCAGCAGCCGGCUGAGUGUGUCAAACAUAGCAGUGUAAGCUAGCAUUAGCUCACUGCUAUCAAUGCGCCGCUAAAAUAGGACGUCUGCGUUAGCGCUUAUAAUAACAAUAUCGCUCAUAUUUGUAUAAUUUCCAGGUCAAGACAUGUGAAUGGAGUACUGUUGGCGGUUUCUGGAUGUUAUUUAGCGGGUUUUAUGGGCGCAAUAGAGGAUCCUCGAUAUGUUGACUCAAUCAUUGGCUAACUAUAUUAUAAUGCAUAAAAAGCCAAGCAUAUGUGUUCUUGUUUACAUAAAGAUUGUGAACGAUAAACAGUAAAUCUCUUUCCAAUUCUUGCGUAUUUCCGGUACGACUGAUCUGAUGAUCAGUCAGAGUGCAGAAGCGUUACUACUUGGACAUCAUCCAACCUCAAAUCUACGAAAAUUGCCAAAUAUGUUCAAAAUUGGCAUUUUGUGAUGUUUGGACCGUAUUUUCACAUACUUUGCGGAUUGUAAACCCAAUUGGAUAUGGUUUAAUGGAUGCAAUGAAAUACAAUUAAGCACAUCAAGUCCACUUGUUUUUCCAUUAUAUUGGUAUUUUAAAUCAUUUGUUCUCAAGCCUCAAGAUCCUGAUGGAGUACUUUGGGCCUGAUUUUACUAAGAUCUCAAAUUAUAAGACUGCAAACUAAAGAAAUGCACGUAAUAUUGCACGGCGUGUUGCAGGUGAUCUACUAAGAAUGCAUAUGUAAUUGAUAAGACCUGAAGAAGUGGUGUAAACCACCCUAUUUAAAUAAGGUUUGUUGUGUACUACUGGCUGUCACCAUGGAGACAUUCAUUUCCCUCGGCUUCCAUGUCACCGUGCUCCAUCCAACCUGUGGUGUUUUGCUGUGUUGUGGAACAUGCAGCACACAAAUAUAAUAUGUACCACCUUCUCUGGGCUACUCCUCUUAGAGAACGGAACCAACCUUAUUACAUGCUAGUACUCUCUGGGAGAUUUGGUGUUGUGCCAAAAACACUUAACACUUUUUUUUUUCCCAAAGAAAGAGAUAUAUUUAUAUAUCUCCUCUAUGAAAAAAAUGGCAUUAAAAAAUGCCUGCAGACACCAAAAAUACAUUAAUUGAGUCAUCCAGACGCUAUAAAAUGACGUUGCUGGAUAGACAAUAUGUCCACUAUUUUUAUUUCUGACGGUUCAAAUAUGUUGACACGCACAGAUUGUCUCUCCAUCUUCAGCUGUCAUUUAUGUGAAACUGCCAUUUUGCACGUCCCUUUCAAACGUGCUAAAUAUAGUUGAUGCAAACAGUUUCAGGCUUGAUAAAACACACAUUUGCAUUUCCUCCACCAAGUAUUGCGGGCGUUCUGAUAAUCAACAUAUAUUCUGCAUAUACAUCAAAGCAAACACGCUAAAUGGGUCGUGCUUGCUAUAUUGCUCAUUCAAUAAAUGCAAUCCUUGGCACACAGACUUCGUAGAUCAGCUAUCAAGUUUGCACGUUUCUUUUUAAUACAUGCAAAUCUUUACUACAGGGGCGUCAAACGUACGGUCCGAGGGCCGGAUAAAACCUUUUCGCGGGCCAGAUCGGGAUAAGUUAGCUAAGUAUAAAAAUGUACCUAAACAUUUUCAAUGAAAGAAACCGCUGUUCUAAAUGUGUCCACUGGAUGUCGCAAUAGCAAUUAUUUGUAUCUUUGUAGACGAUGCCACAUAUGAUGUUAGUACACCAGUUGAGGAAAAUGAUCAAACUACGUAAAUAACAUCCUGUAAUUGUUUUUUUUUAAUUUUUUAUCUUGAUGUAUUGAAAAUUGACAUCAUCAGAUAAUGUAUUCAGAAAAUAUAAAUAACGACAAAUAAAGAUUAUUAACGGCAACAUGUAAGUGUAAAAAAACCAAAACAACAACAUUAUGAUUUGUACAAUUUCAGAAUGUGCUUGUUCUAUUUUUAAACAAAGAAAACAAUCUGAAGUUGUCUUUAUUUUUAAGUUACCGUGCCGUGAUUUUACCAGUCACUUGGGAGUAGAUUUUUCUCCAUGUGGCCCCCCAUCUAAAAUGAGUUUGACACCCCUGCUUUAGUACCUCAGGCCCUUGAUGUUGCUUCCUGCCGUCCAUGGCAUCUGAGCACGAAUGUAAAAAUCAGUUCAACCAACGACCAAAAAUCAAAAAUCCAAUUUAACUUUUUGGGAAAAAACAUUCCAUAUGAUGCUUUAAGAACAGCUGUAUUUGUAGAAGGGGGUCAUUACAUACUGUAAUAGGAUCUUGACAAAAUGCCUAACCUCUUUUUCAGCCACUGUAGUAAAAUAAAAUAAUAUAAAAUGCAAUUAUUAUUUUUUUGUAUGUUAGUUAGUGCCCCUUUUGAUUGAAUAGAGUUGCAAUUCUCUCUCUAUAGUCUGUAAGUACUACUUGUUGGAAAGGCGGUCCUCUUAUACGUAACAACUGUAUACAUGAAUAUUUACGUUUUACUGCACGCUUUAUGGAACUUACUUCACUUAAUGCGAAGGAAGAGUAAAAAAAUGUUAUAAAAAAACAUGUACAAAAAAUAUCCCUGUAACAUUGGAAUCCACGUUGUUGCUUGCUUACUAAUGAGACAUGAGCCAUGUAGGACAGCUUUGGUUCUUUUUGGGGGAGUUUGAUAAUAUCUUCAUACCACACAUAAUUCCUUUUUUUUUUAAACAUUAAUGCCAUACAUUUGAUUUAAAUUUGCAUCACUUUGUUAUACGACAGCCUAAAUUGUAGAAAAUGAUCGUGAAAUUGUACUUAGUAAUUAUUUGGUGCCACUUGUUAUAUCUUCAGUGCUUCUGAACAAAAAAAACAAAAAAAAAGAACACAGGAAAAAAUGUUGUGAAUGCAAAAUUGCAAUUGUGCCUUUUAUACCAGUUGGUAUGUUUAAAGUUGGUUAGGAAAAUACUGUAACACGUUUCCAUGCAUUAAAUGGAUAGCUGUGUCGUGGAGGGGCUUCUCCGGGGUCAAAGGUCAGCGAGCCAAGUAUCACUUGUUGAACUCUCCAUUCCUAGUAUAGUACAUUACUCUACUCGAUGAUUCCUGGCUACAUUCAAAAGUGGCGUGUUGGUCCUGAUCCUAACAAAAUAACGGGUUAUUUGUCGUGCUCCACUGAUGUACAUGUGCUUGCUCUGCAUUUUAUCAGGCACAAAAUAAUCACAAAAUCACUGCAAUACAUUAGAACAGGGGUUCCCAAACUAUGGCCCGUGGGCCGAAUUCGGCCCCCCAGCGUCCAAAAGUCGGCCCGCAGGAAGUCCCAAGCAAAAUUUGUAUAAUUUUUUUAAUUAUUUUUUUUUUUAAAUAUGUCCUUUCUAAUCCAUAUUCUACCGUUUGUUACUCUCGGUGUCUCCAAAUCAUAUUGUCUAAAAAUGCAUUUUCCCAUCGAUAACGUGACAUCAUCGCGCUCUGCAAGUGCACACUCUUUCAGUCAAUU